AUGAAAACCUCACUUCUUCAACUCGAGAGAUCUUAUCUAGAAGCCAUUACGGAAUUUGGGGAACAUUCUUAAAAAACCCAAGGAACACGUAUCAGGCUUAUUGAAAUGCUUAACUAAACAGGCAGAUAUCUACUUUUUCAAAAGCUUAGCGGGGAGAAGUAUCUCUAAAGAGCUAUAGAAUUAACCAAAUUGCUAAAUAUGGAAGAACAACUUAUGGUUAAAUAUUAAACAUAUAUGUAUUAUGCUGAGUACCUUGAAAGCAAAAAGAAUUAUAGUAUGGCGUAUAAUUUAUUGGUACAGUUAAUUCCUUUAGCAAUGACAAAUGAAAGGAAUAUUAUAAUGAUAUAAAUUCAAAUUCUUAAUCAUAUAAUUGAAAAUGGAAGAGUGUGUAAAAAAAAUAAUAUUACACAAUUAAAUGAAUAAUUGUUAAAUUUAAUGGAGUAGAUUGGACUUAGUUUUUAUUUGUAUAAAGAAUUUCCAAAUAAGUUUCAAAUAAUUUUAUUAUAAGCAUUAUCAUUCUAAGCAAAAAUAUACUAGAAAUAAAAUAAGGAUAAAGAGGCAACAUAACUCUUUUUUUAGUCUUUUCAUCUUUCUGAAGAAUUGCUGGGAUUUAAUGAUAAGAGAACAUAAGAAUAUAAAAAGUAAUAUGAGUUAUUGAGCGAUAAAAUAUCAGUAAAUUUAGAAAUUUAGAGUCAAGAAGAAGAAGAGGAGGAUAAAAUAUAGAAAAUUCAAAAUUCUCAGAAAGAAGAAAAGAAUAUUUUAUCUUUUAGGGGCAAAAAUACUUAUAUAAAUAAUUAUAUUAUAAAUGUAGAUUCUGCCAGGGCACCAAAAUUAGCCAAAAAGAUAGAUAAGACUAAAAUUGAGAAACCUAUUAUUAGUUAAAGAGCUCCACCUAAGUUUAAUGAAUAGUAAAUACAAUAGUUAUUUAUCUUAAAAAACCAAAUUAAAAGACCAUUGAGUUCGUAAGGAACUUCUAAAAUGACAAGUCCAACUAGAUGUUAUUCAAUAUUUUCAAAGAACAAUAUGGACAAAAUAUAAAAUAGAACUCCCUCUGUAGAAUAAAGCUUAAUAAAAUAACUGGAGACUGCCUAACCUAAAGAUAGAUUUAAUGAUCUCAUACUUAAUAGACCUCAAUAUGAAGAAGUGAGGAAAUAUGAAAUUGUCAAAGCUAUAUAAUAAAGAAAAAGCAAAUAAAUAGCCUCCAAUUAUGUAAUUUAGUUUAUCCCUCCGUCUCAAUCAUCAAGGCCAUAAAUUAGAGAACCCUCCAAUACUAAUAUUCUGUAUAAAGUAGAUAGCAGGAAACUUUCAAGUAAUCCAAGCAAUUCUAAUAUUGAAAGAUUUUCUCAAAGGAAAAUUCCAACAAAUGACAUACAACCCACUCAAAGUAAUAUUAGAUUGGGUAGUAGAAUCAAUUUGACAAACGAAAUGGAUGAUGAAAACAUUAAGUAAUAGGAGGAUGACCAAAUUCAUUCAUUUGAAGAAGAUCCUAAGAAAGUGAUAACACAUUCAGAUCCAAUAAUAGCAAAAUUUCUAGAGAAACAUCCAAUUGAGGUUUUGUUAGAAGCUGUUGAUAGAAUCAAGGUCAAAAUGAAACACCAUAUCUAUUAUUCUAGAAUGAGAAGAAACGACAUCGAAUUGAAACAAAAUGAAAUCUAGCCUAUCAAAUUACAUCCACAUACUAAACACUUUACAAGAUCAAAUACUUAUGGACUUGAAAUUAUUGGUAUUGUUGAAAAAAAAAUAUUAGAAAAUGAAGCUAGCAAAGUUAUAAAUAAAUUAAUAUCUCCAGCAAAUUAAUUGGACUGGUCUCCUAUUCAUUUUUAUAAUAAGCUAUUUACAGAUAAUGAAACAUCGAAAUGGGUAUUGUAGAAUCCUAAAAUUACAGUCUAAAUCCUAUAAAAGUCAUAGGAUAGAUAAUAAUACCAAUAACUCAGUGUAGAUUUAUUUUAUGCAAUAAUAUAAAAUUAAAAAAAGUCUACAACAAUUUAAUUGAUAGCCUCGAUAGAACUAUCAAAUCACAUUAGAAAGUUUUAAGUCAGAUUCAUAAUUGAUUCUUUAGCUGAGCAUUACAAAGAGAUUUCUAGUUAUGAAGACAUGAUGGAUCUUUUUAAUUAAUUAACUAAAAUUUAUUUCAUUUAAGAAAAUUUGUUAAAUGAGUGGAAAGAAGAAAAUCGAUAAUAUACAUUAUAUGUAGUAAAAUAAAAGUAGAUUCAAGAUUCAACAAUUAAAAACUUCUCUGAAAACCACAAUGAAUCGUAAAAAAUAGACUAUUAUUAGGAUUUACUCUAAAAAAUUCUAUUUUAUGUAAGGAGAAAGAGUUAUGUUAAGACAAUUAAUGGAUUUAAGUUUAAAUCAGAAACUUAAGAACUUUAAGAAUCGAUUAAAAUAUAUAAUAAUGAGAUAUACCAAUAAAAAAAUUAGAGAAUUAAAUCUUACUUCUAAUACAGAGAUCUCAAUAUGACUUGCAAGGUUCAAGAAUCAACAAAGUAAUUAGCAAUAAGUUACAGAAAAUAAAUGUAGGACAAACAUAUCAUUAUUCAUGAAGAUACCUAAUAUAGCCUUCUAAAUGAUAGUGAUGCAUAAUAAGUGUAUUAGAGAGGAUAUGAUUUUUAAUAACAAUCUAGAAUAAAUAAUAACUUGGUUAGAGAUAAUGAAAAAUUAUCAAAAUAGAAUUCUAGCGAUACACCUUAUUCUAAAUUUAGGCUAUAAUCGAUAAAAUAAAAUGGUGGAAUAUCUUAAUAAUAGUUUGAAAACUAAGCAGAAUUGAAUGAAAUAUUUUCACUUGAAACUUAAGAUUAUCUUUAAAGAUAUUUUACUGAGUUCAAAUUAAAUGUCCCUCCAAUUAAUUAUUAUCCAACAUCAAGUAAUUUAUCAUAAAAAUCAUUAAUCUAAUCUCAUUAUUACUUUAAAAAAGAGUAUCUUAGUGUAAAAUGUAAAAAAUUGAGUUACAAGCCCAUACAUUCUGACAAUUAUUUAAUUUAAACUUAAAUUGUAAAACUUGAUAAAUAAUUCUACUACUUGACUCUAACUAAUAAAUUAAAAUUAGAAUAAAUUUUAUGUAAAGAUAAAUGGGAAGAUGAAUUAGACAUUUAACUAAAAGAAUUGAUCAAUUAUUCAAUUGGCAGAACUGGAUACAUUAUUGAUAUUAUUAAAUUACAAGAGAAAUUGUAAUAAAAAUUGGAAAUCGUUAAUUGUAAGAUUUAACUAAAUUAAGAAGAGUCAGAUGAUCUAUUGAUCAAGAAGAACCUAAAGUUAUUUAGAUAAAAUAAGAAACUAUACUAUGUUAAAGAAGCUAUCUAAUUUAUAGAGGACGGAUUAAAAGAAAUUUCUCAAGAUAGUGUAAAUAUAGAAGAUGAAUGUAUAGAUCAUAUGCCUUUAUAAAAAAGAGAUCCAGUAAUAGAUAUCAUCUUCUUGAUUGGAGUUAUGUAAAAUAAUUCAUAUGUGAAAUAUGAUGCUCAUUUGAAAAAUUGCGAAUUACUUAAGCAUAUAGAUGGAAAAUUAAUGUUUGCAGAACCAGAUCAACCCAGAAAACCAAAAUUUCCAAUAAGAUUGAUAUUAUCACAUGAAGACAUGAACAAACAUAUCGCUAGAAUGAAUGAGAAUACAAUAAGUAGUAAAGAUAUAUUACUAUUUCCUCAUUUUAAUUCUCUAUUUUUAUUUAAAUAGACAUAAUUUAAUUACAAAACCAUAAAGAUGAAAUUAGAAAUCUCAUCAGAUUUUAAUAAAUUACAUAAAGAUAUUAGAAACAACUCAGCAAAAGCCCGACUAUUUAUUUAUAAAAACAAUAAUAAUAAACAUGUGAUCUAUUUAAAUUCUUAACAAACAGAGAGGUGGAUUCAUGCUUUUUAGAUUGAUGGAAGAAUACAAGAUAUUCUAUUUAGCUAUAAAACAAUGAUGAAGAAAACGUUAACCGGAAGGAAGUUAUAAAAAAAUGAAAAUAGAUAAUCAAUAUCUAAGGAUAUUAGAUUCUUACUUAUAUAGGAUAAAUUGGUUAGUACUAAAUAAUAUUUUAUUCAAAGUAAAAUUUCAGAUUUGGGAUAAGUAUUUGUAACUGGAAUUGUAUUUUAAGAUUUGCUAUUAGUUAAAGUUAUGCCAAUUGGAUAUAAAACUAAGGUUCACAUUUUUCUUUACGCAAUCUUGGAUAGUGAUGUCAUUAAAUUAUUGAAAUAAUUGUGUAAGAAUUUCAUUUUGAAAUCAACCUAUACAUAUUCGAAAUUAUAUUUAGUACCUAUUACCCAAAACCUAAUUCGUAAAAAAUACCUAUUGGGAAACUAAUUUGGUGAUAAUCACUUUUUAAUUGGAUAGAAAUCUUACUCAAGAGUGAUUUAUAAAUAGGUUAAGAAAAUAGAUAAAAAUUAUUUUAUUAUAACAGUAACAUUAUUGAAGAAUUAUUUUCAGAUAUACUUUUACAAUUAGGGCAAUUGUAGAAAAUUUUAUUACACAAUCCAUAGAUCAGAUUUUUUAAUAAUGAAUUAGUACUUUUUGGAUUCAAUUUUUCCAGAGUAACCUAAAGAAGUAAUGGAAUAGUUGUUUAGGAAUUGGAGAUUCAAAGAAAUUUCAAAGAUUCAUUCUCUAAUCAUAAAAGCACCUGAAACAUUUAAAAAUAGAACUGAAUAGUAUAUAAAAACAAUAAAGGAUACUAAAAAAUAUUUCAAAAGAUCUGCUACUUCAAGUAUGUAAAGCGUUAAUAAUUUAAUGAGAUCAUCUACUUUGUAGUUGAAUAAUAUGUAAGAGAAUUCAUUUGAAGAAAGCCUUAAUAAGGGUUGUUGGUUAUUUGAUACAGUGUUACUACGUAAUUAAGAGAGCAUAUUUGAGAAAAAGAUAUGGUUGGAGAUCUUAAAAUAGAUGAGUAUCAAUAACAAUUAAAUCACUGUCGACACUUUCAAAACAACUUUGAAUGAAUUAGUGUAUUCAAAUGAUAGACUCUGCAACUUUUUAUGUUACAUUCCAUGCCAAGAAAUUUAGCAAUCAUUUCGUUGGCAACCGAUUAGGUUAAGAAUCUAUGAGUAUGAUACUUGUAAAGGUGUAGAUAUCCCUUUGAGAAUAAGAGGAAAGCAAGUCUAAAUCUAUAAAUAAUGCAAUGUAAUUUUAGAGAAUUAUUUACAUUCUAAAAUUUUGCCAGGCAAUCAAGAAAUUAUGAAAGUCAAUAAAAAUAAUGAUAAUCAAUUAAUAAAAUAUCAAUUACUUUACAAGGGUGCAUUUAUGAAGCAUAAGAUGUUAUUCAUGGCUAUAUAUUUCACUAAUGAUAUGUUUCAUGUUUGUAUUUAGAGUCGCGUAUCUCAAAUAAUUCGAAAGUUGGACAUCAUUUAGGUUGAAUUGAAGAUCCCUCACAUUAGGUAGCUUUUGACUUUGAAUCCUUAUGAAGCAGGAAGAAGAAUUAGUCUAAUCUAUAGAAAUAAUUUCAUCAAUGCUUCAUUCUUGAAUUUGUGA